AUGUCCCCAGAACUCGCCCAAGUCCCCUUUUCAUACUCAAGAUCCCGACCCCGCGCGGCGACAGAAAGGGCGCAGGCAUUGGGUCCUCCGACAAUCUCGAAGUGUCAAAGCCCCGAUGUAGCAGGCCAAUCCGGGGAGCAUGGACGUGCCAGAGCAGCAUCCGGGUCACUGCGACAGCCGAAACCCCUCUCUCCCUCUGAUAUUCAUUCCAUUCUUGAGCAGGAACAGGAAGCGAUGGUCAACCGUCUGUCAAGAGAACUCACCCUCCUCCGCAACCAAACAGCCUCUGUCGCAUCGACAACAUCAUCUACCUCAACCUCAUUCAACGACUCUCACGAGACACUUUACGGGUCCACAUACAUCUCCGGCCCUGUAUACCCCACAGCAUCGCGACGACACAGAUCCUCCUCGAGCUUGAGCGCCUCAUACUUUCCAGUCAUCCAGGGAUCAAGAGCAAGCGGUCGAAGCCGACGACCGUCCCUUGUAUCGCCGCAGCGAUCUCAAAGCCUUAUCUCCGUCACAUCGCAGCCCCACGAGCGAAGGCACGAUCCGUCCUCUCAUGUCGCACACAGCGCGCGCUUUCGCCGCAGCUCCCUCUCGCAACAGCGUGCACUCUCAGGCCCAGCGGUCCUUCGUGCGGAUGAGAUAGCUUCGCGCGUGGAAAUGGAGUCGCUCAAGAAUGAGAAUGAGAUAUUGCGGCGGCGCAUACGGGAUCUCGAGCUCGAGCUCAAUGUGCAGAACAAUUCGAGCGCAUAA